GCGAUGGCCGACGCGAUCUACGGGUCGCCCGGCGCCGACGGCCUGACGUACCGCACCGAGCCGCUGACCGUGCGCAUUGAAGGCGAGACCUCGCGCGUCCCGCCAUGGGACUUUCCCGGCUGGGGCAGGCAGCUCCUCGACGCGGCCGACCCCGCGGAGCUCAAGGCCAUCGACGACCACAUGGCGUCCAAGCACGCGCCGCUCGGGCAGUGGCCUGCCACGGCCAUCUGCGGCAACGACAUCUUGUCGAGCUGUCUCUACACGGCCGGCGUCGCGGCCGCCAAGGCGGGCAAGCUCGCGCCCGUGGCCAUGGGCAUGGUCGCCGCCGUCCUCUACCUCUAUCGCUUCAUCUACGGCGAGGUUGUGAACGCGAUCCCGCUUAACGGUGGCAGCUACAACGUACUGCUCAACACGACGAGCAAGCGCCUCGCGUCGAUUGCGGCCGCGCUCGGCAUCCUCUCGUACGUCGCGACAGGCGUCGUCUCGGGCACGUCGGCCUGCACGUACCUCGCGUCGCAAGUGCCCGGCCUUGCGAUCGUGCACUCGAGCAUCGCGCUGCUCUUACUCUUUGCCGUCCUCGCCAUCGUUGGCAUCAGCGAGAGCGCGGUCGUCGCGCUGCUCAUCUUUAUCGUGCACACGAUCACGCUCGUCGUGCUCUGCGUGGCAUCGAUCGUCUUUGUCAUCCGCGACCAAGGCGCGAUCUUGAGCAGCAACUACCAGGCGCCGUACCCCGACAUCAACAUGGCCGGGCAAUGGAUCGACGGGAGCGUCUGGACGGCGCUCUUCUUUGGCACGUCGACGGCGAUGCUCGGCAUCUCGGGCUUUGAGACGUCGGCGCAGUUUGUCGAGGAGCAAGCGCCCGGCGUCUUUCCCAAGACCCUCCGCAACAUGUGGUGGGGCGUCGUCAUCUUCAACCCGCUCAUCUCGUUUCUGGCGCUUGGCGUGCUUCCGCUCGAAGCGAUCCAAGCCCAGAAGAACACGGUGCUGGCUGCGAUGGGCAAGGCCGUCGGCGGCCACCGCCUCGAGGCGUGGGUCGCACUGGACGCGUUCGUCGUUCUCUCGGGCGCCGUGCUCACGUCCUACGUCGGCAUCACGGGCCUCGUGCGACGCAUGGCGUACGAUCGGAUUCUGCCAGCGUUUCUGCUGCACACGAAUCGCUGCCGGGAAACGAACCACAACAUCAUCCUCUUGUACUUUGCCAUUGCGUCGUCGCUCGUCCUCGCCUUGCAUGGACAAGUCGACCUCCUCAGCGGCGUCUAUACCUUCGCCUUUCUCGGCCUCAUGGUCAUGUUUGGCAUGGGCUGCAUGCUGCUCAAGUUCAAGCGCGCCGACUUGCGCCGGAACGUCAUUGCGCCGUGGUGGAGCUGCAUCGUCGGCGUGCUCCUCAUGCUCACGGCGCUCGUCGGCAACCUCCUCGGCGACCCGACCGUGCUCACGUACUUUGCCUUGUACUUCCUCGCUGUCCUUUUCCUCGUCGAGAUCAUGUUUGAACGCGUCGUCGUCCUCCGCUUCCUCAAGUACUUUGUCGAGUAUUGGACCCCGUCGUCGGCGCCAGGUCACAGCGCGGGGCACCGUCUUCUCGACGACGACGCGUCCGUGCUCUCGCCCGACGAGCACACGGGGCCGCUGAGCCCACGUGGCCCGGGGACGUCGAUUGCCAAGGUGAUCCACGCGAUCAAUUUGCCGCCGAUCUUCUUCUUCGCCAAGCAGCCGCACCUCCCGACGCUCAACAAGGCGAUUCUGUACGUGCGCAAGAACGAGCAGACAGCGCACUUGUUUAUCGUGCACGUGGGCAGUGGCCACCACGGCUUUGGCGACGUCGUGAGCCUCUUUGACCGCAUGUACCCCAAGCUCCGCAUCGACUUUUUGCGCAUCGACGGUGGCAGCUUUGGACCGGCGGUUGUUGAGUGGGUCUCGCGCAAGUACGAGACGCCCAAGAACCUCAUGUUCAUCAAGCAGCCCAACCACGACUGCGCCCACACGAUCGCGUCGCUCGGCGGCGUCCGCGUCAUCACGGGCUAA